CUACCUCUUCAAUUGCCUGUGAUCGUUGUUUCAUGAACACUUUCACACCCUUAGCAGCAUUAUCCAGGACCUGAUUGCAUGGUCUGGGAAGACACUUCCCCCUAUGCUUUGUAUAUCAGCCUCAAGCAAGUGAGGAAAUUAAAUAUCCUCUUAUGGCCUCUUUAUGUUUUAAAAUUGUGCUAAUCCUCUAUUUCGCCAUGCUAUACUCAGUAACCAGAUCAGACACCUCUAUCAUACUUUGCAAUUAUUUCUUUUUAAGCUCUAUCAUCAUUCUCACAACAUUCCUUUUCACUUCGCUGCUAUCACUAAUCUUCUUAGGACCCAUGGUGACUUACUGUAUGUAUUUAAUAAUAAUAAGCAGCAAAAAAAAAAAAAAAAAGCAAAAACAUGACAGCAUUCACAGCACAAUUUCCUGACAUGUUAACAAUGUGGGGUUUAGAGGUAAACACUCGUAUUCUUGCAUUCUCUUCUUUGUCACCUGGGAAACACAUAACUGAUCAUGCUGGUAGCAGAUUGAAAGGGUUGUUGGGUCAAGAACUGAAGUUUUUUCCUACAACCGAGACAUUUUUUCCAUGAGCAACUUGGUUGAGAACCGAAUUGUUCGAGAUGGGAGACAUUUGAGAACUGAGGUUUGACUAUAGUAACAUGGGUAACUUAUGAAACUUAAUGACGAACCCAACCCAGCUGAAGACCAAGAUCAUUUAUGAUCGUACGUUUGUAUGUCUGUCUCUCCAUCUCUGCUUGUAGCGCCUGGGAGCAUGAAUGGAUAAAUGAGUGCUGGGAGACUUGAGGUGGGCAAAUAACCAGUUUUAUGGGGAAGAAGACAGGUUGUGGGAACAACACGUUGGUGAUCUUGUCCUUAAUCCCUGACAAAGCCCUGGAACAAAUUAUCAGUCUAUUCUCUUCAAAUGAACCUUUUUUCUGGAUCUUCUCCAUGUGACUGGUACCCUACCAAAAGCCAAGACGCAUCCCAUGACAGCCUUGGGGCUUAGAUGGGCAGAUUGGCAGCUGGGUGGUGGCACAAGUAGGAAGACUCACAAGCCCUAAAUAUUGGAGGACAUUGAUCCAGGGCAGACCCUAGUGCUCUGGGGUUUUCCCAUUCCUGUUUUCUCCCUGAGACCUUGAUGGCACAAGAGACAAAGCAGGGAGAGGAAAGCAGCUGUUUUGGAUGACAUUCAUUCGAUCUUUACUUUUCAUCCACUAAAAAAUUAUUGAGCACCUUCUAUAUACCAAUGACUGUCAAAACAGUACUUCAGAAGAUCAAGGCAUAGUUACAACACACUGUGACUAUACUUAAUGCCACUGAAUUGUACAUUUAAAAUGGUUAAAAUGGUAAACUUUAUGUUAUAUUUUGCCACAGUUAAAAAAAUGAUCAUGGCAGUUGGAAUGAUGGCCUCAGCUUAACUGGACGAAAUGUACCAGUAACAACUGAAACCGCCUAUAAAGCUCCACCUUUUCCCCGAAUUGUUCAGAAGAGGAUGGCAGAGAAGUAUGCCGAUGCAGGGGCAGCCUUCCGCCACGAGAGCCCAGCUGUCAGUUGCCUCAGAGGAAGAUGGGCAGUCCUGGCCCAGGUGUGCCUAUGGCCACCACCCUAGGAGUGCUGUGGUUCUGCUUCACAGGCGCGGUGGAUGUCCAGGUCCCUGAAGACCCUGUGGUGGCACUGGUGGGCACCGAUGCUACCUUGCGCUGCUCUUUCUCACCUGAGCCCGGCUUCAGCCUGGCGCAGCUCAGCCUCAUCUGGCAGCUGACAGACACCAAACAGCUGGUGCACAGCUUCACGCAAGGCCGGGACCAGGGCAGCGCCUAUGCCAACCGCACUGCGCUCUUCCCUGACCUACUGGCGCAGGGUAAUGCAUCUCUGAGGCUUCAGCACGUGCGCGUGGCUGAUGAGGGCAGCUUCACUUGCUUCGUGAGCAUCCAAGACUUUGGCAGUGCUGCUGUCAGCCUGCAGGUGGCAGCCCCCUACUCGAAGCCCAGCAUGACCCUGGAGCCAAACAAGGAUCUGCGGCCUGGGGAUACAGUGACCAUCACGUGCUCCAGCUACCGGGGCUACCCUGAGGCCGAGGUGUUCUGGCAGGACGGGCAGGGUGUACCUGUGACAGGCAAUGUGACCACAUCGCAGAUGGCCAAUGAGCAGGGAUUGUUUGAUGUGCGCAGUGUUCUGAGAGUGGUGCUGGGUGCUAAUGGCACCUACAGCUGCCUGGUGCGCAACCCUGUGCUGCAGCAGGACUCUCACGGCUCCGUCACUGUCACAGGACAGCUCAUGACAUUCCCCCCUGAGGCCCUGUGGGUGACGGUGGGACUCUCCAUCUGUCUUGUUGCACUGUUGGUGGCCCUGGCCUUCGUGUGCUGGAGAAAGAUCAAGCAGAGUUGUGAAGAGGAGAAUGCAGGAGCCGAAGACCAGGAUGGGGAUGGAGAAGGAUCUAAGACUGUCCUGAGGCCUCUGAAACACUCUGAGAACAAAGAAGGUGAUGGACAAGAAAUAGCCUGACCAGAAGGACCAGGGAGCUGCUGUCCCUGUCCUGGGCUUCCCGCUCUGGCUGCGCUGGGGCCUCAGUGUGAUCCCUGGGCUGGGGCUUCCCUGCCCCCAACAGAUGGCUCCCACCCUGGCGGGUCUACUCAUUCUGCAAAGGAUGCGAUACAUAGACCACUCAUAGCCUCAUUUCUCCAAUGGACAUGACUCCCAAGUCAUCCUGCUGCCUUAUUUCUUAUGGACACAAUACACAGACCACCCAACCACCUUGUUUCUCCAGUGGAUAUGCUACAUGGACCAUCUGGCUGCCUUUUUUCUCUAGAGCACACAAUAUUCAGACUGAGCCCCUCCCUUGUUUCUCCAAAGACAUGACAUAUAGUCACCCCUUGCCUUGUUUCUCCAGUGGCCCUGAUACACUAGUUAUCACUUCCCAGCCUUCCCCUGACCUGUCUGUAAUCCCAUGUCCUCAGACUAGGGCACUGCAGCCUCAGCAUCUCCUUGAGUCUAGUGGUGUUCCUCUUGCUUUCUCCCAUGCUGGCGCCCAAGGUUGGCCUUUCCUUCCCCUACUAAGUGAAGACAGGUCCCCUCCCCAGGCAUGCAUAGACACACAGGUGCACGUGCUGGAACAUGUACAGACUUCCCCUGGUCCAAUCUCUUUCCAUGAUGCCCUGGUCUGUACCCUGUGAGUCCUCCUCUGCCCACUGUCCCCACGGGAAACAUGUGCUGGUCACACUGGGUCUCAGGGGGGCCAGGUUCUGUCCCUCUGCUUUUUCUGCCUUUUGUUUACCCAUUCAAGUAAUGUUCAGUGAGCACCCAUGGGGUGUGGGCAAUGUGUUAGGUGUGGUGAACCCUCCUUGAAAAGACAAGCUGCUCCCUCAAGGAGCUUGCCCUUCAGCUAGAAACCUGUGAGGAAAUAGCGGUUCAUGAGAGGGCCUUCUGCCUUGCUCCCUACUGUACUCCUCUUCUAUGCCCCAGCUACCUAGGUACCUCACCCCCCAUUCCAUCCCUAGGUCUUACCCAGAGUGGCAGGGGGGUGGGUAGAAACCUGGAGAAAGGGAUGGAGCCUCUCGCUACAGCUGGUGAGAAGCUGAUGGUCCCCAAGGUGUCUUUCCAGGAUGAGCAGGUGGGCACUCAAGCAAGGCCCAACAGACCCCAAGAGCCCAACAAAGAGGAAACCUGGGGCCUCUGGGGCCGGAUAUAGCCCCCCCACCAUGGUGCUAUUCUGGGGCUGGGCAGACAUCUCCUGGCCUGUCUCUGGCCAGCCCCUAGCCUCUGCUAGAAUAAACUUCUGAUAUUCUAAUGUCCACCCACUGACAUAUCCCUUCACCAGAAAUGGAAGAUGUGGGGAUUUAUCAUUUAAAUGUGGGACUCAGAGGAAUUUUGUUAACUGGGGGUGUAUUUGGGUAAAAAUAAAUGCCUUUGUAGAAAGCUG